AUGACUCACCUGAUUCCCUUUCCGGCGGUACACGGCGGGCCUGGCGACAGGGCCAUCGAAGCAUUACAAGAUAGCACGCGAGCCGGCUGUUGCAUUCAGUCUGCCAACGGCCGUCAUCGCAGUUGUCACAGAUCGAACCAUGUCACUAGCAUGACAGGCGGCACAAGACGGCACACACAAGUUUUGCGGACAAAGCACCGUGUGGCCAUAGCCAAGAGGACACCGGCCACCAUUUCGGCACCGAAGUCCAUAUCAAGAGAAAAAAGACGAUAUCGAGGACGAGUACGAGAGCGAAAAGUACCAGGUGAUGUCGACUGGGGCAACACCAGCAGGCCGAACGAGGGAGAGUCACUGUCGACCGAAGAUGAUGAUGUGCUUGUAGAGCGCAGCAGUCCCCUCCACGCCCCGGGCGAGUCCGAAGUCGCAGAACAUCACCGAACACAAUCUUUGCGUACCAGGCUAUUGAUGGUCAGACGAGAUUGA